AUGGCAUUGCCUCCACCUCCUCCUCCAGACUUCAGUCCUGCAUUCAGCAACGUGGUGAGGAUUCUGAACUGUGACGUUAUGAUGCACAUACUGCGGACCAUUCUUCAGAGAGCAGUAGAACUGGAAACGCACUUGUGGACUGAAGCUAUGAUCCAAAUGGUGCUUCAUCUGCUUUCUUUAGGAUUACUAGAAGAGAAGCAGCAGUUACAGAAGUCUCCAGAAGAAGAAGUAACCUUUGAUUUUUAUCACAAAGCAACACGAAUGGGAAGCUCAGCCUUGAAUGCUGUGAAUGUGUUAAUGCUUCUGGAAAAGUUAAAGAGAGUUCCUCAGUUAGAGGCACAGAAGGACACAGUCAAUUGGAUACUGCAGAUGUUUGACACAGUGAAAAGAUUGAGAGAAAAAUCUAGUUUGACAACAGUAGCAGCUACAUCAGGCUCAGAAGCUACAAAAGGUGAUGAGACACAAAGCACUCAGGAUAAAGAGAAGGCUGAGCGGAAGAGAAAGGCAGAAGCAGCUAGGUUGCACCGUCAGAAGAUCAUGGCCCAGAUGUCUGCACUGCAGAGGAAUUUCAUCGAAACCCAUAAGCUCCUGUAUGAAAACACACUGGAGGCACAGGGGAAAGAAGAUGUUGUUAUGGAGGAAGAAAGCAUGUCUUCGGCAAUUGAUUACUCCAGAAUUGCUUUGGGUCCCAAACGAGGUCCAUCUGUUGCUGAGAAAGAAGUUCUGACCUGUAUUCUUUGUCAGGAGGAGCAGGAAGUGAAGUUGGAAGGUGCUGCCAUGGUAUUAUCUGCCUGUGUCCAGAAAUCAACUGCCUUAACUCAGAAUAGGAGCAGAGUUCUUGAAAUCUCAGGGGAUACACUAGAUCCUCUCUUCAUGCACCCUGACUUACCUUGUGGGACCCACACAGGAAGCUGUGGUCAUGUGAUGCAUGCAGCCUGCUGGCAGAAGUACUUCGAAGCCAUGCAGCUGAACUUCCGGCAACGUCUGCAUGUUGAACAGAUUUUUGACUUGGAGAAUGGAGAGUAUCUUUGUCCACUUUGCAAAUCUCUGUGCAAUACUGUGAUUCCUAUUGUUCCAUUGCAGGCUCAAAAAAUAAACAGUGAGGAUGCAGAGGCAGUAGCUCAAAUUCUGUCCCUGGCUAGGUGGCUGGAGAUUAUCAUAGUCAGGAUAUCGGGCUACAGUGUGAAAAAUGCUAAAGGAGAGAAACAAAAUCUUCCAGCUUUCGCCAAUAAGGGAAUGGGGAACUCUGCUUUGGAAUUCCAUUCUAUCCUUAGUUUUGGAGUUCAGUCCUCAGCCAAAUAUUCAAGCAGUAUCAAGGAGAUGCUUAUUCUCUUUGCCACCACCAUUUAUAGAGUUGGGCUAAAAGUUGCUCCAAAUGAAACUGAUUACCGAAUUCCUAUGAUGACCUGGAGCACGUGUGCUUUUACCAUCCAGUGUAUAGAAAACCUCUUGGAAACAGAGGCCAAGCCUUUAUUUGGAUCUCUACAAAAUAGACAGCACAGUGGCCUUAAAGCAUUAGUGCAGUUUGCAGCUGCUCAGAGAACAACAUCACCACAGAUCCUGAUUCAGAAACAUCUGAUUCGUCUCCUAGGAGUUCUUCUACCAAAUUUUAAAGUGGAGGACACUCCAUCCCUUUUAGAAGUAGAUAUGUUCCACAUUUUGGUGGGAGUUGUAUUAUCCUUUCCGUCUUUAUACUGGGAGGAUGCUGUAGACUUGCAACCUUCAUCAAUCAGUUCAGCCUAUAACCACCUCUACCUCUUCCAUCUGACAACAAUGGCACACAUAACACAAAUCGUUGUCUCUUCAGCAACAGAAUCCCCUACUGCGCGAUCAUCUGACAACAGUGAGGAGGCACGAUCUGCACAGUCUUUCUGUAGAGAGGUUUGCCAGUACACCAGUGGAUGCUUUAGUCAGGAUGUUCCAGGCUGGCUUGUGUGGGAUUGUGUUAAAAAAGGCAUCAUGCCAUACCUUCGUUGUGCUGCUUUAUUUUUUCAUUAUUUGCUGGGAGUUUCUCCACCUGAGGACCUACUACAAGUUUCUGAAGAAGGGCAAUUCAAAGCGCUUUGUAGUUACCUCUCUCUACCUACCAAUUUGUUCCUGCUCUUCCAGGAAUAUUGGGACACAGUAAAUCCACUGCUUCAAAGGUGGUGUGCUGACCCAGUGGUGUUAAGUUGUUUGAAGGGGAAAAGCAUUGCAAUAAGGUAUCCCAGGAAAAGAAAUAGUUUAAUAGAGCUUCCUGAAGACUAUAGCUGCCUUCUGAACCAAGCCUCUCAGUUUAGAUGCCCGCGGUCUUCUGAUGAUGAACAAAAACAUCCAGUAUUGUGUUUGUUCUGUGGGGCUAUGUUGUGUUCCCAGAAUACUUGCUGUCAGGAACUGGUGAAUGGGGAGGAGUUGGGAGCCUGUACUUCUCAUGCUCUUCAGUGUGGAGCUGGAGUCUGUAUGUUUCUCAAAAUCAGGGAAUGCAAAGUUGUCCUCAUUGAAGGUAAAACCAGGGGCUGCUUAUAUCCUGCUCCCUACUUGGAUGAAUAUGGAGAAACAGAUCCAGGUCUGAAAAGAGGCAAUCCCCUGCACUUAUGUCGAGAGCGUUACCGGAAGCUCCAUCUGCUAUGGCAGCAACACUGCAUCAUAGAGGAGAUUGCCAGGAGCCAAGAAACGAAUCAGAUCUUCUUUGGAUUCAACUGGCAACUGCUCUGAGUCUCUUGAUUUUUAGUUACAACUCUUACCUUUUGGCAGUGCUUUGGAAAAGGAAAGGAGGGUGGCAGUAAAUAAUCUACUCUCAAGUGGAUUCUGUAGUUCAGACACAAUUGGUGGAUUCUCUAGGUUGGACGUAUUACUGAUACAUUGAAAUAGAAACUUCAUCUGUGUGUUUUGGGUUUUUUUUUUUCUU